CCUGUUCGGUUGUCACAGCACCCUGAGAGCUGAACGAUCAUGGCGUUCCGUGUUGCAUGCCUCACGCUCGGUGCGCUCGCCGUCGGGGAUGCCUUCGUGGUGCCGCUGGCCGCGAAGCAGGCGGGGGGGUUAGUACGCUCUACUACAGCCAGGACCCGCAGCAGCACGACCGUCGGUAGGAGGGGCGGGGUGUCGAUGGCGGCGGUGGAAGAGCCGUGGUUCGACGAGGCAAAGGCCAACGUGCUCUUGGACCUGGACGAACUGGAGCGUGCCUCGGACAUGACCUUGAGCAGCGACAAGCCCAAGAAGAGCGUGGGCGACCUCACCUCCGAGGAUCUCAAGGGCAAGAGGGUGCUUGUCCGGUGUGACCUGAACGUGCCCCUUGACGGGUCCACCAUCACCGACGACACUCGCAUCCGCGCUUCUAUCCCCACUGUCAAGUUCCUCGUGGACAAGGGGGCGAAGGUGCUGCUUUCGUCGCACCUCGGGCGGCCGAAGGACGGGCCGGAGGACAAGUUCUCGCUCGCGCCCGUGUCCGAGCGCCUGACCAAGCUCCUGGGAAAGAAGGUCACCAUGGCGCCGGACUGCAUCGGGCCUGAGGUGGCUUCGCUGGUGGACGACAUGAAGAACGGAGGCGUUCUCCUCCUCGAGAACGUCCGGUUCUACAAGGAGGAGACCAAGAACGACUCCGACUUCGCGAAGAAGCUGGCGGCGAACGCCGACCUGUUCGUGAACGACGCCUUCGGGACGGCUCACCGCGCCCACGGCUCUACGGAGGGGGUGACCAAGUACCUCUCGCCCUCUGUCGCCGGGUUCCUGCUGCAGAAGGAGCUAGACUAUCUCCAGGGUGCGGUGGCCGAGCCCAAGAGGCCGUUCGCGGCUGUCGUGGGCGGUUCCAAGGUGUCCUCCAAGAUCGGCGUCAUCGACUCCAUGCUCAACAAGGUGGACAUGCUGGUGAUAGGCGGAGGCAUGGUGUUCACCUUCCUCAAGGCGCGGGGAUUGAGCGUGGGAUCUUCCCUGGUUGAGGACGACAAGCUCGACCUCGCGCGCGAGCUCGAGAAGACGGCGGCUUCCAAGGGCGUCGAGAUCAUCUUGCCCACGGACGUGGUGUUGGCCGACGCUUUCUCCGCCGACGCUAACACACAGGUGGCGUCGGUGGACGCCAUCCCCGACGGCUGGAUGGGGCUGGACAACGGGCCCGACUCCACCUCGCUCAUCCAGGGUAAGCUGGCCGACUGCAAGACGGUGAUCUGGAACGGGCCGAUGGGAGUUUUCGAGUACGAGGCGUUUGCCAAGUUUGGCGUGGGUGAAAAUCUUGGAGCGGCCCCGGGGAAAGGGUGGCUCACCAUUAUCGGAGGGGGAAAAUCCGUGGGUGCUGUCGAAAAGGCUGGACUCGCGGACAAGAUGUCGCACAUCUCCACCGGCGGAGGCGCGUCACUCGAGCUUUUGGAGGGGAAGGUUCUGCCGGGUGUUGCUGCGCUCGACCCCAAGGACUAGUGGAUAUUCAUGCAUUGACAUGUGUUCGAUCGAAUCGACCCUGAGUUGCCAAAUGGGUCCAGAAUUGAUAGGAUGCAAUCCCUUUCCGCAGGCGAACCAGCUUCGCUUCUUCUCCGCUUGGCUCUGACUGGUCCCAAUCAAGAACAUUCUGGCCCCGCCCAUGAUCGGCGUUGAUCAGGUCAGAUCACAGCUUCUCAGCACUUGCGUCGUUAGGGCAAAACGGAGGCUACGCUGGAGUAGCGACCACAUCCGCCCAGACUUGCUUUAUUUUGUACCUCGGCGGUGUUUUGCGGCUUUUCGGACGAGAGCGUGGGACUUUUGGGUCGCAUAGCGAAAAGAGUAGUCGGUCGUUACCACAUGUACAGUAUUUUCCCGUUUUAGGACAAGUUGGCGGCAUUGACCGACAAGCUAUGUCGUAGUGUUGUGUUUAUUUACGGCGGCGCCGUGGUAUUUUUUCUUUUUUGCGACAACGGGUGCGGGAAUGACCCAUCGAGGCAUCGAGGGGCAUUCGUCGGCUGCCCUUUGCUAAACUUGACUCCGACCAGCUAGCCGAUUCCAUCCUCUGUUUUGGGACACGCUUUGUGGUAUCUAAGGUGUGCGUCUUUAGCAUCAAGUGAAGACACGGAAUCUAUC